GACCCGAUUUUCAGAAUAUAUAAAUAUGGAUACCAUGUUUGAUAAAACUUAUAUUGGGGAAAAUUUAUUGAAAAAUUAACGGAAAAAAAUGAAAAAUUCUCUUUUCCGAGCAUGGGCUUUUCUUAUCUGGGCCGAGAAGUAAGACAGUACCUAUAUAAUCAGCCAACCCUAAAUCCUAAUUCUCUCUCCGUGCUUUGUCAAAACCCUGUGAAAAAUUCUUCGCAGUAUCAGCGCUGACGUACUGUUCAAGGAUUCAUCGCUAUCAUGACUGCAGAAGCUGUGAACCCUAAAGCCUACCCGUUGGCAGAUGCCCAGCUCACCAUUACUAUUCUUGACUUGGUUCAGCAAGCCGCUAACUACAAGCAGCUCAAAAAGGGUGCUAAUGAAGCAACUAAGACCUUGAACAGAGGGAUUUCUGAGUUCGUUGUGAUGGCGGCUGAUACUGAGCCACUUGAGAUCCUUCUCCACCUCCCCCUUCUGGCUGAGGAUAAGAAUGUGCCGUAUGUUUUUGUCCCGUCUAAGCAAGCUCUUGGUCGUGCAUGUGGAGUUACCCGACCUGUUAUUGCCUGUUCUGUUACUAGCAAUGAGGGGAGCCAACUGAAAUCGCAAAUUCAGCAGUUGAAGGACGCAAUCGAGAAGCUCUUAAUCUGACCGUGUUAAAGAAAUUUACAGCAUGAUGGGCCUCUGGAGCAAACCCUGAGGCUUUGACUGAGCGGAGAUUGAUCCUACACAUGAUUGUCUCAAUGUCUGUUUAGAGUUUUCCCAUCUGUAUCGUUAUUCAUGGAGAGCCUUAUGUACCAUUGGAUUAUGAAAUUUGAGGAGACUGAUUCCGUUGAUUUCUAUCGUGGAUUCAUAAUAUUAUGUGGGUUUUUNUUU